AUCGUACAUGUUCGGAGGUUGCCGAUUGUGCAUGAACGGAGUGGGCCGCACGCUCACAGCACAGGGUAUAUUAAUCCAAAUGGCGAGCGAUGCCACAUAUGACCAAGACUCGACCGUCUGCAUACCUCCGUGCCUCAUCUUCGAUCACGAUACCUGUCUCCAAAUAUGGAGUCUUCAGCAAUGAGUCCGGCGACCCUCGUUUCGACACUGCUCAGGACAGUCGAGGACCGCAUCAUACCUCUCACGUCAGGAGGCGUAUCUUCGGGUUCGAAAGUCUUUGGCGCUGCUAUCCUUUCCAACACCGAUCUUGCCCCGCUCACUGUCGCCACUAAUCACGAGUCCCUCUCCCCUCUUCUCCAUGGCGAGAUCAAUUGUAUCCAGCAGUUCUUCACAGUCGACUUCCCCGAUCCAAAGACUCGACCAAACCCCCGAACGGACUGUGUCUUCUUUGCCACACAUGAGCCUUGCAGCUUAUGUCUGAGCGGCAUCGCAUGGUCAGGCUUCAGGGAAGUUUACUACUUGUUCACGUACGAAGAUAGCAGGGACCUGUUCGACAUACCACACGAUAUUCAUAUCCUGGAACAAGUGUUUCGAGUACGGGUUGACGGUGAGGAUGACGAGGCGCUAAAGAGGCGCCCGUUGUACAACCGGGACAACGAUUUCUUCAAAGCAGGAUCUUUGGCAGAUAUGAUCGCCAGUAUCGAUGAUGCCAUAGAGAGGGAAGAGCUUGCAAGGAAAUCCAAUGAGGUAAAGGCGCUAUACAAUGGGCUUAGCCAGACGUAUCAAAACGGCAAGCAAGAAGGAACAGAGACUGCAAGCGUUUGGAAAUGAGGUCAGCAGCAUGUUGUGAGCGAGAAUCCUCGCUUGCUGUGCAUGAUCUUGAGGUCGAAUAGUAUGUAGCUACUGAAUUCAGUGUAUUUGAGAAAGUAUCUAGGCUCUGUCGAUUGCCGAAGUCAAAGGCCGAUCGGCAAUUGAUGAUAGCAGC